UUUGUAUCCGCUUAGAUAAAAAGAACCGACGCCAUCUUUUUCAGAAGAUUAUGGUUUAAAGCAAUUAUAAAUUAAAUAUUGAAACACUUAAUAUUUGGAGGAUACAAUUUGAUAAACAUUUGCUUUUAUUACCGGGUAUACUGUUCAAGAAGGAUAAGUGCAGUUUCAUUCAAAUAAUACUACUUGAUAAGAAACAAGGACAAAUUACGCCGAAUAAUAAUGCAUACUCAAGUUGCCGGAAGUGUAGAGAGCACGAGAUCCAUUGAACGUACAAAGAGGUGUAUCCGUAUAACAGCAUGGGCCACACGAAUACUAGCUCUCCUCAGCAUUGCGUUUUGCAUCGUGUCGUUUGCUGUAGUCGGUGAAAUGGUGUUUGGACUCUGUUUGAUGGUUACAGCCAUCCUUAGUGUUGUGAGCACGUUAAACUUCAGCUGUUGCUGCUAUUCUGAUUGUUCAAGAAACACAAAGACUGAGCAAGUAAUGGGACAUUGUGGUGUCUACGUGUGGAUGUUCACGAGCAACAUAGGCUACGUCAUAAUUUUUGGGUACAUAUUGCUCCUUUGGGGAAGAACAGGAGGCAGAGACUAUAUUUACAAAGAUGACUUUUAUUACGAAAAAAGUUCACCAUAUCCCUCUGACUACAAUUCCAAUACUAACGACAGCAUGGCUUUAUUGUACACAAUAUUUGUAUUUUCCUUAAUCGACACGUUCUUCCUUACGAUGUUAAACCUUUACUCGGUUUGCCUUGUCUACAAGUACGGUUGUUGCUUCAUGCAUGAGAUAGAUAGGUAUCACUCUGAGCAAGGUGUUGAAACGGCAGUCGUGAUGAAUCAACAGAUAACUACUGUUGGGGGAGGUCUACCGGGUAACGGUUUGCAGUUCACAAAUGCUGCAGUAGGUGCCCAGCAAACAUAUACCAACCCAGGGGUGCAGUACUCCAAAUACCAGCCAUAUCCGGGCGUGUCCGUUCAAUCAACACUGGCGGGAACGAGUGGACAGUCUGUCAGCCCUCCACCAUACUCUGAAGCCACUCCAAAUGUGAAACAAUAGUGAUCAAAUAAAAAAGCCCGUUUCUUGCCAAAAUACAUCGUCACAUCAGGCAAUAACAAUGAUAGAACUGAACGAUAAUCAUAUUUGUAAACAUCCCAAAGUGAAAUGUCAGUAAAUUUAACAACACUACAAACCAAGCUAAUCUAAUCCUGUUGUUUCAAACAAUGUAAUGCCAAAUUUAUAAAUCUACAUUUUAAUAAAAUAUCCAUGUAAAUAACCUUUUGGUGAAAUGUAUAAUUAUAUAUUUUUAAAACAUUUAUGUACUUGUGUGUAGCGCUGUUGUGUGAUAUUUCAAAGCUUUAUAGUGCUUAAGUUGCAUAUGUUGACUGUAUGUAAAACCUGAUGUAUAUAUAUCUAAAAUAAUUAAAACACCUAGGGUGCGAGUUGACCACAGGGUGAAAAACAUCAAAUGAAAACGUAGUGGGAUGCUUGUAAUUUUAUUUCUAUAAUAUCAGUAAUAUUUGUUGAAUGUCCCAUUUUUGACUCCUUAUUCUCGAACGUGUGCCAAUCAUAUCUGAGUGGAUCUUUUUAGAAUAUAUAUUUGUAUUGCUGUUCUGUUAUCGACUUCUUGUUUUACCAAAACUUGUUUUUCUUUGUGAAUUUAAACUUGUUCGUUGAGUUGUUAUCUGAUAUGCUUGUUAGCAGAACGAUAAGGUACAAUAACAUCUAUUGAAUUUACCCUAGACACAAAUGUUAUACUCUGCUAGCCUAGCAACGGCAUGGUUUGCCAUACAAUACAUCUAAGAUAAAUAACAUGCAUCAGUAUUAUGGAUAAAAAAAUGAAAUGACGCAUGCGUGCUCUGUUUGGGUCGUUUGUAAUUUGUUUUUCUCUCGCGCCGUGUCACUUAAUCAGAUUUCUUGUUACAUUUUUGGCUGCAUGGCACGUCCCAGUUAUUUCCGUUUUAAAAUUGUAUUCCAGUUGUUCUACACGGUGGUUAUUAUCAAAAUAAAAAAUUAAAUGCAAAGGUUAAUAGCAAAAAUACAUUGUUACAAACUACAUCCAUUUAAAUCCAAUACACGAGGUUUAAGUAAUUGCCAAAAAACACUAAAACAAUGUUCAAUACACGGACAUAAAAGGUGAAACAAACCAACUGAUUUUUUUUUAAAUUGUACAACAUGAAACCAACAGAUUCUUUCUAAUAGUAUGUAUUGUAUAAUUUGUGCCAGUUAUUUAACAUGAAUGCGAGUAUUUGUGUCCCGUUUUUGUCAACAUAUUUAUUUAUCUAGGUUUGAUCAUAUAUAAUUUGCUUUGUUUCCCUAUCUGUCAAAUGUGGUUUUCCAGCAUUGAAUGUACAUGUUUUGUUUUGUCAAUUCAGAAUAGAACAUUUAAGAUAUAUCUUAAAAAUAAUCAAUGAAAUAGACUCUACAAGGAAACAGUUUUAUAUUUUAAA